AUACAGAAUCGUGUUUCAAGCUAUGGUUUCAAGUCAGCGUUUUAUUGUGAAAGCCGGAUGCAGCGUGUUGUUGCUGAGUGUGACAGCAGCUCAGUUCAGAUCAGCUGAUGGGAACUGACUCACCUCUUCCCGGACAACAUGUCGACACAUCCAGCGAGAAAGAAGAAGAAAGAGGACUUCAUUCUUUAAUGAACUCGCGGAGGAACAGAGCGAGCGGCUGGACCCGGAUUCAGACAGACUCCUCUGUGACUCCAUGCCCUCCUCCUCCUCCUCCUCCUCCUCCUCGCCGUGGUGAAGAGUAACCAGGUUAAAGAUGUCCGCUGUGGUGGGGGGGGUCUCCUCCUCCGCCCUCAGGGCUCCUGGGGGGGCUCUGGUUCUCCUGCUCUCCGUCACGCUGCUGUCUGGAUUCAGCCCACUGUGCAUCGCUCGGGGAGGGGGCUGCUGCAGCAUGGACCCACGUUUCCGGCGCAGGCUGCUCAGCCUGAUCAGCUGUUUUGCAGGAGGAGUGUUUUUGGCCACCUGUCUGCUGGAGCAGCUGCCGGACUACCUGCAGAGCAUCGAGGAGGCCUUCAGCAGCGCGGGGGUCACCCUUCAGUUCCCUCUGCCUGAGUUCAUCAUGGCGAUGGGUUUCUUCCUGGUUCUGGUUCUGGAGCAGGUCAUCCUGGCCUUUAAGGACCAGCCUCAGAUGAAGGAGUGUCGCGCUCUGCUGCCGAACUCCAGCGUCAACUCCCACCGCCACGGCGCGUCAGAGGAGUCCGGCGGCAGCCUCUUCCACGUGGACCUGAGCGCGCAGUCGGCCCUGCGCUCCUUCGUCCUGGUCUUCUCGCUGUCGCUGCACUCCGUGUUGGAGGGGCUGGCCGUGGGCCUGCAGGAGAUCUACGUGGCAAGGCAAGUUCUGACUCUGGGGCUGAUGGUCCACAAGAGCAUCAUCUCCUUCAGCCUGGCCUGCACGCUGUCACGGGGCCGGCUGCGGCUCCCCCUGGUGGCCGGCUGCCUGCUGCUGUUUGCCGCCAUGUUGCCGCUGGGCCUCGGCCUGGGCUCGGCGCUCUCGGAGACGAAGGCGCCCCGGCAGCACCGGCUGGCCCGCUGCACGCUGCAGGGUCUGGCGGCGGGAAGCUUCCUCUACAUCACCUUCAUGGAGAUCCUGCCGCACGAGCUGGGCUCCGGAGGGAACCGCAUCCCCAGGGUGGCCUCGCUGCUGGCCGGCUUCGCCUUGGUCACCGCCGUGCUCUUCAUCAAACUGAGGAUGAAGCUGGAGAAGGAGCUGGUGGCUCAGCUCUGGAGGAUCUCCUGGAACGACAUUCAGAUGGGGAACCUGGAGAAAGUGCUGCGGAGCGGCAGCAGGAUCACACUGUCACUGAGAGGCUCUAACUACGGCUCCCUGAUGACUGGGGAUGGAAACAUGCAGGUUUUUGCAAAAACUGGAUAUUUUAAGGGAAACAUCGUGGCCAUUAAAUACACCGACAGGAAGCGCUUCGAGCUGAACAGGGAGGUCCUGUUCGAGCUCAAACACAUGCGGGACGUUCAGAACGAACAUCUGACGAGGUUCAUCGGAGCGUGCAUCGACCCCCCCAACACCUGCAUCCUCUCAGAGUACUGCCCCAGAGGGAGUCUGCAGGACAUUUUGGAGAACGACAGCAUCACUCUGGACUGGAUGUUUAAAUAUUCUCUCAUCAAUGAUAUCGUUAAGGGCAUGGUGUUCCUCCACAACAGCGUGAUCCUGUCUCACGGGAAACUCAAGUCCUCUAACUGUGUGGUGGAUAACCGCUUCGUGCUGAAGAUCACAGAUUACGGUCUGUCCAGCUUCAGGUCUGAGAGCUCGGGGAAAGACGCUCACGCAUAUUACGCCCAGAGGCUGUGGAUGGCUCCGGAGCUGCUGCGUAUGGAGGCGCCUCCUCCUCAGGGAACUCAGAAAGGAGACGUCUUCAGCUUCGGCAUCGUCCUCCAGGAGGUGGCAAUGCGCCGCGGAGCCUUUUACCUGGAGGGAGACCCCCAAAGGUGGGUAUCGAAAGUAGUCUGA